AUGGCACAUGUGAAAAAUAGAACUCCUAAAUCUUUAUCAUCUACUCGUUGGGGGAGUCGGUUAGAAAGUGUUGAGACUAUCAGAUUCCAAAUGUCAGACUCAAGAGAAGCUUUACUUGAAGUAAGUGAUUGUGAUAAUGAUUCCAAAAUAAAAAGUGAAGCCAAAUCUUUAGCAAAUAAUGAGCUUGGUGAUUUGAAUUUUUUAAUUGCAAUAAUAAUUUGGUAUGACAUAUUAUGUGCAAUUAAUUCGGUAAGCAAGCUUUUACAAUCAAAUGAUAUGCGAAUUGAUGUGGCUAUGGGAAAAAUAAGGAGUUUGAUUUGUUUUUCUGAGAAGUAUAGAGACACUAGUUUUGAAAAUGCCUUAGAUAGUGCUAAAAAACUUGCAGUGAAAAUGGAUAUUGAUCCUAUCUUUCCUCAAAGGUGUGAAAUUCGAAGAAAAAAACAUUUUGAUGAAAAUCCAAACACAUCAUCAAAUGCUCCAUUAUCUGCACAAGAAUCCUUUAGAGUUAAUUACUUCCUUUACAUUGCUGAUCAAACAAUCAACUAUCUUAAUUUGAAGUCAUUGGAUUGUUUGAGUUUAAAGUCUUCAUGUAUUAACCUUGAAAAUGUCUUGAAAUCUAAUGAUCAAUUUGAUAUAGAUGGAAAUGAAUUAUUUGUGGAGUUGAAGUUGACUAUUCCUGUAACUAUGGCAUCUACAGAAAGAAGUUUCUCAAAGUUGAAGCUAUUGAAGUCAUAUCUUCGUUCAACAAUAUUACAAGAGAGACUUAAUGGACUGGUGUUGAUUGCAAUUGAGAACGAUCUUUUGGAGCAAGAAGAGUAUGAAUAUCUAAUUGAUAAUUUUGCUUCAAAGAAUGCUACUUUUUAG